AUGACUGAAAACGUCGAAUACAUCCGAGUGUUAUUGAAAUCUUCACAAGCCGAAGUUCAAAUGCUCCGCGAGCAGAAUGAGUUCAGAGAUGACCUGCUGAAAAUGUUCAAAGUGAAGCUUGAAGUCAAUGCUCUGAACAAUUUACCAGUUCGACGUAAUCUUUCUGUUGAAAUUUCAAACCUUGAAACCAAGAAAUUGAAAACAGAAAUCGCAUUUUUAAAAGAAGAACUUGGACGGGAGGGAAAGAAACUGACAAUCGCAAAUACAGUUCACGAGCAGUUGAAAAAGGAUCUGGAAGCAGAAAAGAGAAAUUCGAUGUUUCUUUCGGAAUUACUGACGUUCUAUCAAAAUGGUCACCAACCACAAUUACCAGCAGAGGAUCAAUUUGUCGAUUUUCUUCAAACAGAGACGAGAAGUGUCAAGGAAGCUUUAAAAGAGAAAGAAGAAGAAGUGAAAAGACUAUUGGUGGACAUGGAAGGAAAAACUUUUCAGAAUCUAACUGAAAAAGGCCGUAUGGAAGAAGAAAUGAACGAUGCAAAAAGAGAAGCUCAGAUUCUUCGCAAUGAAAUGAAAUCUCUUCAGAAGAACAUGACUGCCAAAGAAAAUGAGUUGCUCGGAUAUCUGAGAGAUGCAUCGGAAACUCAUACAGAGAUGCAAAAAGAUUACAAAAUUCAAAUUUUGGAGCUGCAGCGAAGAAAUAGAAUUUUGGAGCGACACUUGGACAAUAUUCAAUAA